GACAGCCAUGUUUAAACGAUGGCUGCUGGCCCUGCUGGCCCGGGUGGGCUUGGUGGCGGCGGGCCUCUGCUGCUGUGCGGCUCUGUUCUACCUGCUGGUCUGCAGACCCUCAUCCAGAGACCCCCGGCGAGACCCCUUGUGGUCGUCGGGGACCACCAGCAAGGAAGGCUACAUGGCGCUGCUCCAGGAGAGGGAAGACUCCCACAGGCAUUACAUUGACAGCCUGGGCAAGCAGAUAGCGCAGCUCAAGGAGGCUCUCCAGGCGCGGACUCUCCAGCUCCAGGAGUCACUGGACAAAGCCAAAAUUAAAGGCAUUCUGCCUCAGGGCCUGGAGAGUCUGCACAAAACCCCCACGCAGUCCGACCUGAAGGAGUUCUUCCGCUCACAGCUGAACCAUGCCGAGGUCAACACGGGCGUGACGCUACUCAAUGAAUACGUCUUAAUCCCAUUUGACACUUUUACACUGCGGAGGGUGUACCAGUUGGAGACGGGUCUGACCAGGCACCCCAUGGAGAGGCCUGUGAGGAAGGACUGCAGAGAUGAGCUGAUAGGCAGCAUGGAGACAGCACUGCAUGUCCUCAAUGGACCUCAGCAACACGUGGACACCAGCAGGAGAAAGCGCACUUUCUCCCCGUCAGACUUCAUCGAGGGGCUGACCCGCACCGAACGGGACCGAGGUACUGUGUACGAGUUGAUGUUCAAAGGCGACGGGCCGCGGGACUACGCCAAGACGGUUCUCUUCAGGCCUUUCGGGCCUUUGGUUAAAGUGAAGAGCGAGCUAGUGGACACACGCAGCAUGCUCAUCAACAUCAUUGUACCGCUUUCCAAGAGGGCGGAUACAUUCCGCCAUUUUGUUCACAACUUCAGAGAGGUGUGCAUCCAGCAGGAUGGUAGGGUCCAUCUCACAGUGGUCUACUUUGGCCAUGAGCAGAUUGACCAGGUGAAAGCCAUCCUGGAUCAGACAACCAGGGAGACCCGCUUCAGAAGCUUCACGCUGAUCCAGCUCAAUGAGGAGUUCUCACGUGGGCGGGGCUUAGAAGUGGGUGCCAGAGCCUGGAGGCGAAGUCAAAACGUCCUGAUGUUUUUCUGUGACGUAGACAUCCACUUCACAGCAGACUUCUUGACUUCCUGUCGCCUCAAUGCAGAGCCUGGCAAAAAGGUGUACUACCCGGUCCUCUUCAGCCAGUACAAUCCAUCUAUCAUCUACAGUAAUUACACUCAUGUACCAUCUAUCCAGGAACAACUGGUGAUAAGUCGCGACACAGGUUUCUGGAGAGAUUUUGGCUUUGGGAUGACAUGCCAGUACAGGUCGGACUUCCUCAACAUAGGUGGUUUUGACCACAGCAUUAAAGGUUGGGGUCUGGAGGACGUGCACCUCUACAGGAAGUACCUGCACAGCAAACUGAUGGUGGUGCGAGCCCCGUCACGUAGUCUCUUCCACUUGUGGCAUGAGAAGAUGUGCAGCGAUGAGCUGCCGCCGGACAAGUACCAGAUGUGCAUGCGGACCAAGGCCAUGAGCGAGGCCUCGCACGGCCAACUGGGAGAGCUGCUCUUCAAAGCUGACAUCCAAGCGCACCUCGAAAGGAAUGGAAGACGCUCAUGAAGGGCUGCACAUUGAACUCUUAAUUUUAAUUUUGUACUCGGAUUAACGGAGAUGUGUGUUAUAUAGUAAUGCUUUGAGAUCCAAAUUUAAUUUGAUUCUCCAAUCAUCUUUCACCAUUAAAAUGAAUGGAAGCCUAC